UUAGUCGUGCUGCUUUCGCAGGAAAAAACUGUUGGGGACUGCUUGUCUGGUUUCUGGCAGAUUUGGGAAUUUAAACGUUUUAGGAAAUACACCCCAGUUCCUAUUAGGCUUGUACACACUGACUUUACAUUAAAGAUGGCACAGUGGUGCCAGCUUCAGAUGCUGGACAGCAAGUACCUGGAGCAGGUGGACCAGCUCUACGAUGACUCGUUCCCCAUGGACAUCAGGCAGUACCUGAGCAGGUGGAUCGAGAGCAUCGACUGGGACACGGUGGCCAUGCAGGACUCGCUGGCCACCGUCCGCUUCCACGACCUCCUCGCUCAGCUGGAUGACCAGCACAGCCGCUUCGCUCUGGAGAACAACUUCCUGCUGCAGCACAACAUCCGCAAGAUCAAGAGGAACCUGCAGGAUCGCUUCCAGGAGGAUCCCGUUCACAUGGCCAUGAUCAUCUCCAGAAACCUGAAGGAGGAGCAGAAGAUAUUGGCGAUCGCAAAGAGCACCGAGCAGGAGGGUGAGGGGACGGUGUCGGCCAUGGUGGUGGAGAAGCAGAAGCUGGACAACAAAGUGAAGGAGAUCAAAGACAGAGCGCAGGUGGUGGAUCAGAACAUUAAGAACGUUGAAGACCUGCAGGACGAGUACGACUUCAAGAUCAACACGCUGAAGAACAGAGAGAAUGAAAUGAACGGCAUGACGGCGAAGGAGCUGGAGAAGGAGAAGAUGACGGUUGGGAGGAUGUGCUUUGAGCUGAAAGCCAAACGUCAGGACGUGGUGAUCCAGCUGACCGACCUGCUGAACGUCUCUCAGGCGUUGCUGUCAGACUUGAUCUCUGAGGAGCUGCCCGAGUGGAAGCAGCGGCAGCAGAUCGCCUGCAUCGGCGGCCCGCCCAACGCCUGCGUGGACCAGCUGCAGAACUGGUUCACAGCAGUAGCGGAGAGUCUGCAGCAGGUCCGUCAGCACCUCAAGAAGCUGCAGGAGUUGGAGCAGAAGUUCACGUACGAGAACGAUCCCAUCACGGUGAAGAAAGCUUACCUCGAGGCCCGAGCUCUGGAGCUCCUCAAAAACCUGCUCUCCAACUCUCUGGUUGUAGAGAGGCAGCCCUGCAUGCCCACCCACCCGCAGAGACCCAUGGUGCUGAAAACGGGCGUCCAGUUUACUGUGAAACUCCGGUUUCUGGUGAAGCUGCAGGAGUUUAACUACCAGCUCAAAGUCAAGGCCCUGUUUGAUAAGGACGUUACAGAGAAGAAAGGGUUCAGGAAGUUCAACAUUUUGGGGACGAACACCAAAGUCAUGAACAUGGAGGAGUCCAACGGCAGCCUGGCAGCAGAGUUCAGACAUUUGCAACUCAAAGAGCAGAAAGUAGCCGGGAACAGAACAAAUGAGGGUCCUCUGAUCGUCACCGAGGAGCUUCACUCGCUCAGCUUCGAGUCGGAGCUGCAGCUUAACCAGUCCGGGCUCGACAUCAAACUCGAGGCCAUUUCACUGCCCGUGGUCGUCAUCUCCAACGUGUGUCAGCUGCCCAGCGGCUGGGCCUCCAUCCUCUGGUACAACAUGCUGACCACGGAGCCCAAGAACCUGAAGUUCUUCCUGUCCCCUCCUGCGGCAAAGUGGUCUCAGCUCUCUGAGGUGCUCAGCUGGCAGUUCUCCUCCGUCACCAAGCGAGGCCUGAACCAGGAGCAGCUCAACAUGCUCGCCGACAAACUGCUCGGACCCAAAGCUCAGAGGAACCCAGAGGGUCUCAUCCCCUGGAUCAAGUUCUGCAAGCAGCAGAGCGCCAACGAGAAGGCGUUCCCUUUCUGGCUGUGGAUCGAAGGGAUCCUGGAUCUGAUCAAAAGACACCUGCUGGCCCUCUGGAACGACGGCUGCAUCAUGGGCUUCAUCAGUAAGGAGAGGGAGAAGUCUCUGCUGAGCGACAAGUGUCCGGGUACCUUCCUGCUCAGGUUCAGCGAGAGCAGCCGAGAGGGAGCCAUCACCUUCACCUGGAUCGAACACGACGUCCACGACAAGCCGGUCUUCCACUCCGUGGAGCCGUACACGAAGAAGGAGCUGUCCGCCGUCUCCCUCCCUGACAUCAUCCGCACCUACAAGGUGAUGGCGGCGGAAAACAUCCCGGAGAACCCGCUUCGCUUCCUCUACCCCAACAUCCCCAAAGACAAGGCCUUUGGGAAGUACUACCCCAAACCGUCAGAGACUCCUGAGCCGAUGGACGUGGAGAACACGGAGAAAACGGGCUACAUGAAAACGGAGCUCAUAUCGGUUUCAGAAGUACAUCCAUCCAGGCUGCAGGACAACAUGAUGCCCAUGUCUCCGGAUGACUUCAAAGCUCUGGAGCAUUACGUGAGCCCCAGAGACAUCGACGCUAUGGCCAACAAUCUGCUGGAACUCGAAGAGUUUGAAGUUCAGAUGAGCGCAGACUUUCCAGAUGGAAACUGAAGAGAAACAAUCUUCUUUUGACCUUCAUCAAAUUGUGCACUCGCUCGUUUUAUGACUUUAAGUCAGCACGGUCACCUUUCAGAAAUGGAGAAGAGGUUUCCUCCCUCCCCCCCCCCCCUUUUUUUUGUACAUAGAAAGUAUUUCUUUUGAAUUAAAUGUGAACUCUUACAGUAGAGGUUACUGAUGGCUUUAAACUGUAACAUUUAAAAUGUGAUUCUGCUUGCUUAGGAAAUGCACAUCAUAAUUGUAUGGAUUUAUGUUCAUGGGAGAAAAUAAAUGUUUUUAUUAAAAUUA